CUCUAUGUGUUGACAAGAUGGGUACUAUUCAUUCAACAAUGGAUGCAAGCCAUGCGAUUCCUCAUGAAAGACUUGAUCCUCAGAUGCAAGUUGAGACACUUGUGAACUUUUUAUGCAACUUUCAGCUUCUAAUUUUUGAGAAUAUUGUCCAGAUGGAGAAUACUUCGAUUUCACUUCCAAACUUUGCAGAAGCUGUCCUAGCACUUGUGAUGGAGCUUGAGCAUAUCAGAGUAGCUGAUUUGAGUGUCCAGUUGAUCAGAGUUUAGAUUUGAAGACUUUGGAAUGAGUUGAUAGUUGUGACUCACUAACUCAGGUUGAACUAACUGGCUUACAAAUCUCAUUUCCGAGUGUUUGAAGAGAUUUUGAAUAUUACGUAGAUCCUACUUCCACUGAGAUUAUUGAACUUGGAACUCAAAAGUAUCCCUACAGAACAUUGAAAUCAGUGACAUCAGAGAUCCUAAACUACCUAUCUCACCAGCAAACUGAAGUCAUGAUCUACAUCAAAGAUGCUUACCUUGAAGAUAAAACCAUGUUCUUAGUCAACAUCACUAACGUAAAAAUCACAACCCAUCCUAGCUACAGCUCAUGAGGCCGAAAGGCUACUCUUACUCUUACUGAAUUCUCCCAACCCUCACUCAGCGCCAAGGCCAAACUACACCUUCUGACCCACACAGACUUGCCCAUCGGCACCAUAAUCUCUUCUGGUUCCUUCUCACCUUAUGAACUGUCCCAAGUAGCCUCCUUCAGCUCCAACUUGGCUGUGCGGUCAGGGCUCGAGAUCUCGAACCUGAAGUUGGUCAGAGAAGAAGUGGACGACCUGAAGAACACUUUGUUCAUGAAGGGAGUCUUCUUGCAACAGAAAGCUUUUAAGUUAGAAGCCCACAAGAACUCCGUUGUCGACAUUCAAAAUUACACGAUGAUGAACUCCCAAGAGAGAACUCUAUCAUCGAAUCCAUCUGGGAUUGGAACAAAUGCCCCUGGAAACUGGACCAUUAGAAACCUCGAUGCAACCCAGUUUUAUGGAACUUUAAAUGAUCUAGUUAUUGCUAUUGGAGUUUUCAUAUUUCCUUACUGAAUCCCUGAAGACGAUUUAAUCAGAACUAUAUAGACAUUGAUGUUGCUAAGUUUAGCAUCCAUGUUCCAAACCCACUGAAAACGAAUGGAGUCUUUGGUGAUUUAUCGACACCUCAUUAUCGGAAAAGUACCCAAAUUUUUGAUCAUUUUGAAUUCUCGGACUUCAACGGGCAGAACACUGGCUUCUUCGGCUUAACUGGAACUUCUAUUGAUGUAUUGCAGAUUAAAAAUCUCAAGUUGGUGGAUAAUUAUGCUAUUGGAACUUGAAUGUUUGCAACUUAUUUUGGCAAAGUUAUAUUUGGAGAUCCUUCUGCAAAUGAGACAAAUGUUCACAUUGAAUCACUUUUCAUGUAUCAAGCUUCAAUAGUCAUAAUUCAAGAUGUUUCUCAUUUUGAGUUGCAUAAUGUCGAGUUCAUCAACUUUACUGGAUCUUCGAUUAGUUCACUUCCUUUUUAUCAGUAUAUCUGAUUGCAGCCGACUGUAUUCAAAGUUAAGUCUAUAAAGGCAACUCAGUCUAACUUUGGGACCUCACCAAUCUUGUCAACAAACCUUCCAGCUAGCUUAGUAACCAUAGAUGGCUUUGAAGUUACUGAAAGCCUUAUGGAUCCUGCUAGCUGCUUAAUUCUUCUUAGAAAUAUCAAAAGCAUCCAGUUUAACACAGGAAGAAUUUCUGGAGUCACUGUUUCUAGUCCAAGCGAUGUGAAUAGUGCAAUUCUGAAGAUUCAAGAAUACAGUUUGGAUAAUAGCCUGAAUUCGACAAUUAGUAAUUUUGAAGCAUCCGACAGUCAAGUCUCACUGUUCAACAUUGAGAAGUUGUCUGGAAGUGCACUGGAAGAGCAGAUUUUUGAAUUUACAAAUAUUUUUGUGCAUGACAUGGUCAUUCCGAGUUCAAGAAGUCUCAUUGAUACAACUGGUUUUGUAGGCACUGGAGACCUCAAAGUCAUAAUGAAUAACCUCGCCUUUGUAAGAGUGAAUUAUACCAGAAGUGGAAAUAAUCUCAAAUUCAGUCAUAGUCUAGAUAAAGAAAUCAUUGUCAAGAAUUCAUACUUCAGUAACUCUGAUUCCUCAUCGAUACUCCUGGAUAGAUCUGGGGAUGGAUCUGAUGUCAGAACUGUUGUAAAAUUUGAGAAUGUCACAUUCUCUAACAACAUUGUCAAGAAUAAAGCAGCUAUCCAAGUUAGCAAUGCAGUGAAACUAAUUUUAGUUGAUUCUGUGUUUACUCAGACAGGUUCACUUUUUGAAAGAUCCACACUCUUUCAUUCAGAAGAAGGCUCUGAACUUGUGAUUACAAACUGAGAGUUCAGUGAGAACUAUGGACUUGUAGCAUCCCUGUUUACUAUGGAGUCUGGGUCACAUGUUCAAUGUUUUAACUGAACAAUUAAGAAUAACUUUGCACUAUCUGGAGGACUUGCUAGAGCUGUAAGCAAUGGAUAUUUCAGCAUUGUAAACUCAAUGAUCACACAGAAUCAUGCAAUCCAGGCUUCAAUUGCUCAGAUUUUUGAUGUCUCUGAAACCAGUACAGUCGAUAGUUCUGAGCUGUCCAAUAAUAGCCCGAUCACGAGUAAUGAAUACGAAUCAGAGACGACUUCAUGUUCCAAGCUGUGUUUCCUGUCUGAUGAGUUUAAACAGUAUGUGGCAAAUGAUAAUUUACAUAAACUGGUUGAUUCCCAAGUGCUGUUUGAAGUUAUUUCAGGGUCUCUUUCUGUCAGAAACAAUUCAAACAUUCACUCUGAGCAGCACCCAAUUCUGAGCUUAAUGUCAGACAUUGAGAUUGAUUCAUCAACUCUGAGAAACCUCUCGUUCGCAUCAACAUCAAUAAAAGUGGCCACUUCAACAAUUGUUCUGAACAAUGUAACUUUCGAAGAUAUAUUUGCACAAGCAAACGCAGAGCUCAUACUUGGAGAUAUUGGAAGUGUCCUGAACUUGACAGAUGUCAUCUAUAAAUCUUCGAAUGCUCUAUUCUUAAGAAUUUCUUCAAGUCAGCUUUAUGCAAACCAAGUAGUGAUCGAAAAUAUUCAUACCCCUCAAGCACUGCUGAAUAUUGAGAAAGCAGAGAGGGUUUCAUUGAAUAAUUUUGAAAUCAUAAAUUCGACAGUGACUUCAGAUGAAUUGGUGCAUGUCUCAAGGUCUGCUCAAGUCGAAAUGGAUGGAUUUGUUGCAAGAAAUAACACUAACAAGAAUGUGAUGUCGAUCACCAAUUCUCAUGUUUCUCUCCUUCAAAGUCUCAACAUCCAAAGUUCCCUAAGAGCACUAGAAAUCAUCCAGACUACCAUUGAUAGAAUUAAUGGGUCUACUUUCAUCAAUAAUGGGAACAUCGAUUCCAGCACCGGAGGAGCUAUCUUGGUGCAGAACAGCAAAGCUAGGAUUGAGAACUCCACUUUCAAUCACAAUGUAGGCUUGAAAGGAGCAGCCAUCGCUUUUGAAUGUACAUCUUUGGAACUUUGAGAUUUAUCAUUGGAUGGUGUUAAUUUUACAAAUCAGAGGGCAUCUCGCCAAGGUGGAGCCAUAAACUAUAACUAUAAACCUCCAGUUACCACUAGCUGCACAUUUACAAACAAUAGUGCCCAGUACGGACCUGACAUAGCAAGCUACCCAAUCAGAAUCAGAAUGACACAAGACAUACACUCGGAUAUGAGCCUGACAAAUGUAGGCCCUGGCAUUGGAUUGGACUCUUCAAUCAAACUGUCCCUAUUAGACUUUGACAAUCAGACAAUGGUAAUGAAUAAUGCUGAUCAGAUUUCAAUAUUUGCAGUAGACACUCAGAGUUCUUCAGUUAGAGGCACCAACACAGUUCAACUCGAUAAAGGAGUCUCAGAAUUUGACUCUAUCCAGUUUGUGUCUGAGAUUGGCUCUAAGAAUGUCGAGUAUAGAGCAGUAUCUAAUACUAUUGACAAUACCAAAGUAAACAAACUCUUCGAUUCCUCAUUAGUGGAGAACCAGAUCACUGUGGAUUUCAGAUUUUGUAAACCAGGUGAACACAUCGAUAUUCAAAAUAUAUGAACUGAAUGAUCAGCUGGCACUUACUCACUCAAAUGGAACUCAACUUUCUGUCCUAAAUGUAUGAAUAAUGCUUUCUGACCUGGUAAAGAGCAAAUACAAGUCACUUCUGGACAUUGGAGGAACACUAGAAACUCUACUGAGAUCAAGGAAUGCUUAAAAUCAGAUGCCUGUAAGGGAGGGUUCGAUCCUGACUCCACCCACCCAGUUGAAUGAGCAGAAGGAUACACAGGUAACCUCUGAAGCAAAUGAGUGGUCACCAACGAUGUAAAGUAUGCACGAACUGGAGAUUAUGAAUGCUCUAAAUGUCCUAAUGCAGUGUUAAAUGCAAUCAGAGUCAUAGGAGCUGCUCUUCUAGUGUUUGCAUUUCUAUGUUUCAUGAUUAUUAUCAACAUCAGGAAGACAAAAGAAAGUAAUUUGUCUGUUCUUUUCAGGAUUCUGACUAACUACAUUCAGAUUGUGUCAACCUCAAUCAGCCUGACUGCCAACUACCCAAGCUCUGUGACAUCGUUCUUUUCUAUAGUCGAUGAGAUUGGAUCUUCAAGUGAAACUUUCCUGUCAUUUGAUUGAUUCAUUGAAGACCAUGAAGUGAAAGGUCCAUUCGGUUCAAACUCAGUGUUCAAACUAUUCUUGAUGGGUCUGUUGCCUAUUAUUUUAUUUACAUUGGUUGCAUUGAUAUGGAUAAUUAUCAAAGCUAUCAAGCCUUCCUCAGUAAAAAGCCUUGAGAGAAAUUUUGUUAUAUCCUUCAUUUCGAUCUUAUUCUUGCUGCAUCCAACAAUCACUGAACAAAGCUUUGGACUGUUUAGGUGUGUGGAGAUUGAUGAAGGAGUAAAUAAAGUUAGAGUAGAUAUGGAUAUAGAAUGAUACUCUGCAAGACAUCUAAAGUAUUGCCUGAUGAUAGCAGUCCCAAUCAUUCUUAUUUGGGUAAUAUGCUUUCCACUCAUUGCUCUGGUUCUGUUGAUAAAGUAUAUCAACAAGCCUGGAGAAAAUAAAAUCAAAGUUUACUUUUUAAUCCUGUUCCAAGGAUUGAAGAAAUCUUCAUUUUAUUGGGAGUUUGUCAACACAGCAAGGAAGAUAUCUGUGAUCAUCACCUUCCCUUUCAACACGACUACAAGGCUAUUCUGUGCUUUGGUCGUUCUAAUUGUAUUCACAAGACUAAAUAACACUUUAAAACCCUACAAAGAAGAGGCUUUCAACUCGCUUGAAAUCCUAGGCUCAAAUGCAGGAAUUGUAAUUCUAACUGCUGGUCUAGUAUACUCCCAAGACGAAGAAGUAAACUCCCUCAACACCAUAAUGAUGAUCAUAAUGAUAGCCUUCAACUUCUACUUCAUCCUGGAAUGGACUUACCAAUUCCUAAACCUAUACCUCACCCAGUACAAACUCCUACGCCCACUGUCCGCCCUCCUACGAAUCCUUCUCCUCAAGAAGAAACCGACCCCUCCUCCCUCAGAAGCCCCUUCCCACCCAAUCAACCAACCCUCAUCUCCCAGGAAGAAAAAGUCCAAGUCCAAGUACAAGCACAAAAAGUUGCUAAAGAAGAAGCAUUGCAAGAAGAAGCGUAUCAGGUUUGCCCACCAGUCCAGGAGAGACAUGAAGAGUCCAAGAAAAUUAGCCAAGGAUCCAUCAUAUCUCAAGAAAGUUUUAGAAGAAGGAGUCGUCUUUGAUGAUUUGAGUGAAACAGACAGAGCACUUAUGUUGAAUAAAAUUAGCACGAGAAGAGGAGGAAAACUGUUUUGGCCCUCUGCCAGGAAAAAUGAAUUGUCGAUAGAGGGGAGAUCAAGCCUAGAAGACGACAUUGAUUUGUAUCAAGAGAAUGAUUUUUCUAUGCAGAAAAGCAUACAAGCCCCACCAAUGUUUGCCAACUUAAAAGAAGAGUCCAAAAGCCAUCCUUCAAGAAACAGCUUCGAAAUCCCAAUAUCAAGCUCCUCAGACAGCCCAAGCUACAAAAUCCUCGCAGAUUUAAUCUACGAACGAAGCAAAGAAUCCAACUCAAACACCUCAAAAUCCAAAAAUCCAAAAACCCCAAACCCCCCAAAAAGCCUAUUAAGCCCUCCAACCUCCUAACUCAACC